UUUUUUUGGGUAGACUGUUCCACUCCUCUCUCUUGCUAGUGUCCUUGUCGCUGAGCCUGACUGCCCUACAAAACAAGUACUUCCCUAGUCUCCACCCCAGUCUCCCCCUUGUAAAUAGAACCACGACGAUGACUCCUCGUCUUCUUCACACGCCAACCCUCCGAUCUCCUCCUCCUUCGGAUUCGUAGCUUUCUUCCCCAAUGAGACAGGUUCGAAGGACCCUUUGGAGCUUCGGAGCAGCUCUUUUGACUCAGAGCUUGAUACCUACAACCCUUUAGCCCCCCCGCCUCUCUCUCUCUCUCUCUCUUCAACCUAUUUUAUAUUACGAAACCCAGCUCAAGUAGUCUUGGCUUGCGCCUCUAUUCCCUCCCUCGAAUUGAUAGGCGACAAUGCUUCUGUUCCUCUGGUUUCUUCUUCUUCUCUCACCUAAUCUGGUUCUGUCUCUGAACCAGGAAGGUCUAUACCUGCAACAAGUCAAGCAGGGCUUCGACGACCCAGCCGGAGCACUCUCCGACUGGAAUGACAGAGACGAGACUCCAUGUAACUGGAAUGGCAUCAAAUGUGACUCCGACACCGGUUCCGUCGUUUCUGUUGAUCUUUCUAACACCAACAUCGCUGGUCCCUUCCCUACCUUCCUCUGCCACCUCCAAAACCUCUCUUUCAUCUCUCUCUUCAACAACUCCAUCAACUCCACUCUCCCUGAAGAGAUCUCUGCAUGUCGGAAUCUCCAACAUCUAAACCUUGCCCAGAACCUCUUAGUGGGUUCCCUUCCUUCCUCCCUCUCCGACCUCCCAAAACUCCUUCACCUUGACCUCACCGGUAACAACUUCUCCGGAGAUAUUCCGGGGAGCUGGAGCCAGUUUCCUAAGCUCGAGGUACUCUCACUUGUUUCAAACCUCUUCAAUGGAACCAUUCCUUCCUUCUUCGGAAACAUUUCUACUUUGAAACGGCUGAACUUGUCUUACAACCCGUUCGCCCCUAGUCGAAUCCCGCCGGAACUCGGUAACUUGACUCGUCUCGAAAUUCUUUGGCUCACUGAAUGUAAUCUGAUGGGUCAGAUUCCGAACUCUCUCGGCCGGCUUCAGAGUCUUCUCGACUUGGACCUUGCGAUGAACAAUCUUCAGGGUUCGAUUCCCCAGUCGUUAGCUAAUCUUUCGAGUGUUGUACAGAUUGAGCUCUACAACAACUCUUUGUCUGGUGGGUUACCUGCUGGGAUGUCAAAUUUGAAGGCGUUGAAGAGAUUGGAUGCUUCGAUGAACAACUUGAACGGAACGAUUCCGGACGAGUUGUGCGCUUUACCUCUCGAGUCGCUCAACUUGUAUCAAAAUAGGUUGGAGGGAACUUUGCCUGAUAGCAUCGCCAAAUCCCCAAAUUUGUAUGAAUUGAAGCUGUUCCGGAACAAUCUCACAGGAGAAUUACCCAAAGAGCUUGGAACGAAUUCCCCCUUGAAUGCGAUUGACGUUUCGCAAAAUCAGUUUUCCGGCGAGAUACCGGUGAAUUUGUGUGCCAAUGGUUACCUGCAAGAGCUUAUUUUGAUCCGUAAUAUGUUUACUGGGCAGAUUCCGGAAAGCCUUAGUCAUUGCUCGAGCUUGAAUAGAGUUCGAUUGAUGGGUAAUCUGCUCUCCGGUGAAGUUCCACCGGCGUUCUGGGGACUGCCCCAUGUGUCUUUGCUUGAUCUUGCUGGGAAUUUGUUCUCCGGUCAGAUAUCAAAUAUGAUAUCAAAAGCCUCUAAUCUCUCUGUGCUGCUUAUAUUGGGAAAUCAGUUCACUGGAAACGUACCCGAUGAGAUUGGAUUGGUGGGGAAUCUUGAAGAGUUUUCUGGUAGUGACAACCAGCUUACUGGAUCUCUCCCUGCAUCAUUGAUGAAGCUCACUGCUCUCACCAGUCUUGAUCUUCACAAUAACGAGAUUUCCGGGGAGCUUCCGUCGGGAUUUCAGUUGUUAAAGAAGCUCAAUGAGCUCAACCUUGCGAAUAAUGAGAUCUCUGGCAAAAUCCCAGCUGAAAUUGGGAACUUACAAGUGCUCAAUUAUCUCGAUCUGUCGGGAAAUCUGUUCUCUGGGAAUAUCCCGCUCGAAUUGCAGAAUUUGAAGCUGAGUAGAUUCAAUUUGUCAAACAAUCACCUCUCUGGAGACCUUCCUCCUCUUUAUGAUAAGGAAACUUACAGGGAUAGCUUCUUGGGCAAUCCGGGCUUGUGUGGUGAUCUGCCGGAUCUUUGUCCAAGGGGAAGUGAAGCUAAGAACCAGGGUUUCCUCUGGCUGCUUAGAUCAAUCUUUAUACUUGCUGCUCUGGUCUUCGUUGUUGGGGUUGGGUGGUUCUACUGCAAGUACAGGAGUUUCAAGAUGGGGAAGAAUGGUAUUGAUAAAUCAAAGUGGACAUUGACUUCGUUCCAUAAACUGGGUUUCAGUGAAUACGAGAUUCUCGAUUGCCUAGAUGAAGAUAACGUGAUUGGUAGUGGAGCUUCUGGGAAGGUCUACAAGGCUGUACUCAGUAAUGGUGAGGCAGUUGCUGUGAAGAAAAUUUGGGGAGGAUCCAAGAAGGAUGACAGUAGUGGUGAUACUGAGAAAGGUGAUACUGAGAAAGGUCAGGUCUCUCAGGUCCUAGAUGAUUGCUUUGAGGCAGAGGUUGAGACGUUGGGGAAGAUCCGCCACAAAAAUAUUGUCAAACUAUGGUGUUGCUGUACUACCAGAGAUUGCAGGCUUCUUGUAUAUGAGUACAUGCCAAAUGGAAGCUUGGGUGAUAUGCUUCAUAGCAGCAAGGGAGGCUUGUUGGAAUGGCCGACAAGAUAUAAGAUUGCCGUGGAUGCAGCCGAGGGGCUUUCCUAUCUGCAUCACGAUUGUGUUCCUCCCAUUGUUCACAGAGACGUGAAAUCAAACAAUAUCCUGUUGGAUGGGGAGUUUGGGGCACGGGUUGCCGACUUCGGGGUUGCUAAGGUGGUUGACAUGGUUGGCAAGGGGCAGAAAUCGAUGUCUAUGAUUGCUGGUUCAUGUGGUUACAUCGCUCCAG